GCUUAAUUACUGCGCACACACACGCCAUCGCUGACCAAGGUUGAUUCACAACUUGCAUUGGGGCGCAAGUAUCAGCUCGAACAAAAAUGAAGACCUUGCCAUUUAAAAGAACAAUCCACCCAGACACCCAGGGGACGGCAAAAAACCCAGAUCUGGGUGGAAAAACCCAGCGCUGGGAGCCCUGAUGUGGAGUUAUUGAUGCUGUUAUCAGUUUUGAGCACGGCUACUGCAGCCUGGAAUUCAGGAUACUUCACGAGUUCCGUCCCACUUCCUACUGAGAGAUUCAAAAUAUUGUUCUUGUUACCAACCACUUUUAAGAGUCACAUUUGGAUGGCAGCGCCCUUGCUGGUCGACUUGGCUAGAAGAGGACAUGAGGUGCACAUGUUCUGCGACUCUAGGAACCAAUUCAAAAUCCCUAACGUGACGUGCAUUAAUCAUGGCGUUAGACUUUCCGCGCCUGAAGAUGUCGACACGUUUGACGUCGUGCGAAAUCCCCUUUCGCUUCUGAAAACUUUCACUAAUGCGGCAGCAAACGAUGCAGAGAAAAUGUUCAAUUCAGACAUAACCAUGAAAGUCUUCGAGCGUCGGGGAGAAUACGACUUGAUCGUGAUUGAUCACUUGGGCUUGUCGAUGUUUUACCCUUUCGCGCACGGCACGCCGUUCGCAAUCUUGUCGUGCUCACCUCUCUUGCCAUGUCAAAGCGCAAGCUUGGGGAACGUCCCAAAUCCAGCUUUCGUUUCAAGUGCUCUCAUGGAAUUCAAGCAACCUUAUGGAACUUUCGACCGGCUCAAGAACAUUGUACUGACUUUGGCUCAGUGCUACGUUUAUUGGGCGAUCCACUCCCAAUCAGAAAUAGUGAUGAGCGAACGCUUCCCUUGGCUUCCUUCAUUCAAAGAAAUCGAACGGAAUGCGAGCUUGCAUCUCGUGACGUCCAGCAUGGCGUUGGAUGGUCCGCUGGCUCUGCUACCUAAUCAGGUGCCCAUCGCCGGACUCGUGCUGCGGCCGCCACAACCUCUACCCAAGGACAUAUUAGACUUCAUGUCCGGCAACACGUCGGUUAUAUAUAUUAGUUUUGGUGUAUCGUUCAUACGUAACGAUUCGAUUCCUCGAGACAAAAAAGAUAUUCUGCUCUCAGUCUCCAAGAAGCUUCCCUACAAAGUCAUAAUGAAUGUGUACGGACAAGCAAGUGGUAGGAGCGGUAAUGUUCUCCUUACAGGCAUGGUACCUCAACAGGAUAUUUUAGCGCAUCCAAACGUGAAGCUGUUCAUUAGCCACUGCGGUCUAGCAGGCGUCGACGAAACCGUUUACCACGGCGUGCCUGUGAUCGCCCUCCCCGCGGCUCCCGAGCACGGAGCCAUGGCGGGGAAAUUAGUGCUGGCUGGUACAGCCAUCCAGCUGUCCUGGCUCACCCUAACUGAGGAGAUCUUACGUGACGCCGUUAUGGAAAUAAUGACCAAUUCAAGUUACGGGGAAAAUAUGGCCUUCGUAUCCCGGGUGUUCCGGGACCAAAAAGACACGGCGCUAGAUCGCGCAGUGUUUUGGACCGAGUAUGCAGCUCGCUUCCGGGGAGCGCCGCACCUCAAGUCCCCAGCGCGACACCUGUCCUGGAUAGAAUUCCUCAGCCUUGAUUUUAUUCUGCUAGCACUUGUUCUAUGUUACUGUGCAUUUAAUGUGUUUCUUAAGGUUAUCCGGGCUCUGAGAACCAAAUGUGUGGGAGACAAAAACGAAAAGGUAAAAAUUACGUAAACUGUGUUAUAUAUCAGUGUGAUGAAGUUCAAUCGUAGCGAUAAUAAUCUCCUCCAAAAUUAAGUAUUAGCUCUAAAGAGUCCUUAAACUUGUAUUAAUUUUGUGUCUGUGACCUAGUUAUACUUUUUCCAUAAUAUGUACAUAAUAAGUCAGUAUGCCCUAAAUCAACGCACUCGAAAUAAAUUUAUUAUUGUUUCGGAACGCUGAUUCAUUAAGUUAGUUGAACAGAUAAAUACUUUGUUUGAAGCCUUAGACAAAAAUUUUUGCGUUCAUUUAAAUCAAUUCUUGAUGUAAAUGCAAUUCUGAAGUAAAUGUGCAAUGCUCGCGGUAAAGAUGGUAAAACGAAUUCUCCUCAUGAUCGAAGUAGUCAGAAAAGAUAACCGCAUGCGGCAACCGUUUCAUGAAUCGCUUUACGUUGGUUUGCACUAUUUUGUUCUAGAUCUGUAAAUACGCUGCGCGGGAAAUCUAUGAAUUGACUAAAUACCAAAUGUGUAUUUUCUCCACACAAACCAUAAUACAUCAUCUCAAAACCA